CUGGACUACUGAACUGGAGUCUGAUAUCCUUCAUUAGUCUGCUGACUUCUCUUAUUUUCCGGUUCGCUUCCCCAAAAAUAGGAUUCCGGUAUAGAGGAAGAUUCCUAUUGUGGUUUUCUCUCGUAUUCUCAGUUGUUGUGAUUAUAUUGGAAGUAACUUUUCUUAUUCUAUGCUCAACUUUGGAUUCUCAAUGGAGCAUAGCAAAUGCAUGGUGGAUGAAGCUAUUUGGACUUAUGAAUGUCCAGUCCUCGAGAGUAAUCUAUCUCCUGGUUGUAGAAAUAUUAGUUGGAUUUAUAUCCUUCAUGGAGAUUUAUCGCAACAAAAUUGGCAUUGUGGAAUCACAAGAUUCAUGUUGGGGUUAUUACUCAUCAGUUUUUGAACGCAUAGGUUAUCGUCUUAGGUUGGUCGCCUGCUUAUUACUUCCUGCUGUGCAGUUGGCUUCUGGAAUCAGCUACCCGUCCUGGCUCUCCUUGCCCUUUUUUAUCUGCAGCUGUGUUGGACUAGUUGAUUGGUCUUUAACAAGCAAUUUCUUAGGCCUUUUCAGGUGGUGGAAGUUACUUUGGGUAUACUCUGGCUUCUGCAUUUGCUUGCUGUACGUGUAUCAGCUUCCUGUUGAGUUUCCAUAUUCUUUUCAAGUGAUAGCUGAGUUAAUUGGUCUAUACAAAGCAUCUGAUGAAUCUGACUGGCAACAAGUUAUAUCUGGUUCAUCUUUGAUGGUGUUCUUCUAUAUGCUCUCGUGUGUCAGAAAGGAUUUAGAAGACAUGGAAUUCAUGAUGUCGACGAGAGAAGGCAGUCUGACCGAGCAACUUCUUCCCUCAAAAAACUCCUUUUUUGUUCGUCAGUUGAGGUCAGGUGCAAGACAUACCAAUAUUUUAUUAAGGGGAACAGUUUUCCGGUUCUUCAGUAUCAACUGGUUCACUUAUGGCUUUCCUGUAGCCUUGUUUGCUCUUUCAUACUGGAGCUUCCAUUUUGCAAGUAUAUGCGCAUUUGGAUUACUUGCAUACGUUGGAUACAUAUUGUAUGCUUUUCCGUCUUUGUUCCGUUUGCACCGGUUAAAUGGAUUGCUUCUUGUGUUCAUUCUCUUGUGGGGCGUGAGCACUUAUGUUUUCAAUGUGGCUUUUGCAUACGUGAACUGGAAACUCGGGAAGGAUAUGGAGAUCUGGGAGAUGGUUGGAUUAUGGCAUUAUCCUAUCCCUGGCUUCUUCCUUCUAGCACAGUUUUGUCUUGGGAUUCUUGUGGCUCUUGGUAAUCUGGUAAACAACUCUGUAUUUCUAUGCCUGUCAAAUGAGGAAAGACAAAAUUCAAAUGAGAUCAAGACUGAGGAAGUCAAAGAAGAUGCCAAGGUGUUGAUUGUAGCAACAAUUGCAUGGGGACUGCGGAAAUGUUCUCGGCCUAUUAUGCUCUUGCUGAUUUUCCUAAUAGCUACGAAACCUGGUUUUGUUCACGCAGUUUAUAUGAUAUUCUUCUUUGCAUACCUUUUAAGCCAUAACAUCAGCACAAGGAUGCGUCAAUCCCUUAUUCUUCUGUGCGAGGCUCACUUUGCCAUUUUAUACAUUCUUCAACUUAGUCUUGUCUCGAGGAAAUUGGGCCAAAAAGGCUCUAUAAGUUUUGAAGUGCUAUCACAGUUAGGUGUACUCGAAAGCGAUAGUUCUUGGGAUUUCCUGGAAAUAGCUCUGCUUGCAUGCUUUUGUGCUGUAAACAACCAUGGAUUUGAAGUGCUAUUCUCAUUCUCUGCCAUUGUUCAGCACACGCCAUCUCCUCCAGUUGGAUUUAGCAUUCUGAGAGCCGGUUUGAACAAAUCAGUCCUUUUGUCAGUUUAUGCUACCUCCGACAAUAGAGAGUACUGCGAAAAUCAUUCCCAUGAAAGAAGGGUGGCGUUAUACCUGAGUGCUAUUGGAGAGAAGUUCCUGUCCAUGUAUAGAUCAUUUGGGACCUAUAUUGCUUUUCUGACUAUUCUUCUUGCGUUGUACCUUGUGAGACCAAAUUACAUAUCGUUUGGGUACAUUUUCCUUUUGCUUGUCUGGAUAAUUGGAAGACAGCUUGUCGAGAGGACAAAACGGCGUCUAUGGUUUCCACUCAAAGCAUAUGCGAUAGCUGUUUUCAUUUUCAUCUAUAUUCUAAGCAUUUUCCCCACUUUGGAGAUGUGGAUGUCCAAAAAAAUUGAUCUUUACUUAUGCUUUGGCUAUAACACGGAAGCUUCUUUGUUAGAGAAUCUUUGGGAUUCUCUAGCGAUUUUGAUCGUCAUGCAACUUUAUAGCUAUGAGAGAAGACAAAGCAAACAAAUGAAAUUGGAAGAUCAUGCCCCACUGCAGUUGGGGAUAUUGGGGUUUGUCAAGCGGUUUCUAAUAUGGCAUUGUCAAAAGGUUUUAUUCAUAGCAUUGUUUUAUGCUUCGUUAUCUCCAAUAAGUGCAUUUGGGUUUCUAUAUCUUUUUGGUCUCGUUUUAUCUUCUGCAUUGCCUAAAACUUCCAGAAUUCCAUCCAAGUCAUUCUUAGUCUACACGGGUUUCCUGGUGACAGCUGAAUAUCUAUUUCAGAUGUGGGGUAAGCUGGUGAACAUGUUUCCCGGUCAAAAGCACCAUGAUUUGUCUCUUUUUCUGGGUUUACAGGUGUAUAGACAGAGUUUUGAGGGCCUAGAAGCAGGCCUGAGGGCAAAAAUUUUGGUUAUUGUAGUUUGUACUCUUCAGUAUAAUGCUUUCCGAUGGUUGAGGGAAAUGCCUAGUUCUCUUUUGGAUGCCGGGAGAUCAGAAGAACCUUGUCCGCUUUUUGUUUCAUCUGGAGAUAUUUCUAGUGUUGUCCCCACAUCAAACAGAGAUAGCCAGACAACAUCCAACUCUAGUUCAGAAAGGAUCAAGAGAAAUUCAUGGUCUUCUUUUUUACUUGGUAACUAUCAACUAUCUUCCGAUUCGUCCUCAACUAAGGACACUCACGAGGGAAAUAAUAGAAAAUACCCAUUCGGCUAUAUUUGGGGAAGCAUGAAGGAAAGUCGGAAGUGGAACAAGAAAAGGAUUGUUUCAUUGAGGCAAGAGAGAUUCGAAAUGCAGAAGACGACAUUGAAAGUCUAUCUGAAGUUUUGGAUAGAAAACAUGUUCAAUCUCUUUGGCCUUGAGAUCAACAUGAUAGCACUGUUACUAGCUAGUUUUGCUUUGUUAAAUGCCGUUUCGAUGUUCUACAUAGCAUGUCUUGCUACUUGUGUCCUGUUGGGCCGUCCUAUCAUACGUAAAUUGUGGCCGGUGUUUGUCUUUCUGUUCGCUACCAUUCUGCUUGUUGAAUAUUUGGCGAUGUGGAAAAAUUUGAAGCCUUUAAGUCAACAUCUUUCCAGUGUGACCCAUACACAUUGCCAUGAUUGCUGGAAAAUUUCAAAUGUAUAUUUCAACUACUGUGAAAAGUGUUGGCUGGGGGUUAUAGUUGAUGAUCCCCGCAUACUGAUAAGUUAUUUUGUGGUCUUCAUGCUGGCAAGUUUUAAACUCCGUGCGGAUCAUGCAUCCAGUUUUUCAGGUUUAUUUACGUAUAAUCAGAUGUUAUCUCAGCGUAAAAAUGCUUUUGUUUGGCGGGAUCUUUCGUUUGAGACCAAAAGCAUGUGGACAUUUCUUGACUAUGUGAGGGUUUACUGCUAUUGUCAUUUAUUAGAUCUCGUACUUACUCUCAUAUUGAUUACGGGUACUCUGGAGUACGAUAUUCUGCACCUUGGGUACUUAGGCUUUGCUCUUUUUUUCUUCCGCAUGAGGUUCGCCAUAUUAAAGAAGAAAAACAAGGUCUUCAAAUAUCUGCGCAUGUACAAUUUUGCUGUGAUUGUCCUCUCCCUAGCUUACCAGUCUCCUUUUAUUGGUGAUUUUAAUGUGGGGAAGUGCGAGACUGUUGAUUACAUUUAUGAGGUGAUUGGGUUUUAUAAAUACGAUUAUGGAUUUCGAAUUACCUCGAGAUCGGCACUGGUCGAAAUCGUCAUUUUUGUCCUCGUGUCAUGCCAAUCAUACAUGUUUUAUUCCUCUGAGUUUGAUUACGUGUUCCGUUAUCUCGAGGCUGAACAAAUUGGUGCGAUUGUGAGGGAACAAGAGAAAAAGGCUACUUGGAAAACCAAACAGCUGCAGCACAUUCGUGAAUCUGAAGAAGAAAAACGUCAGCGCAAUUUGCAAGUCGAGAAAAUGAAAUCCGAGAUGCUCAACCUUCAAAUCCAGCUUCAUGAUUUGAAUGCCACUAAUGCUUGUCCCGAGGCUUCACAUGCUAAUGAAGGCUUGAGAAAAAGGAAAAAGGGUGCUUCUACAAAUCCAGAAAACACUGAUGGUAAUGUAAAUCAUGAAUCAGUUUCCCCAUUCAGUAAUGUAUACGAGUCUCCGAGUAGUGUACCAACAGAAACUCCAUUUUCUGUGGAUUUCAGAAAGCAUCAAAUAGAUGCUUCUAUUAGUGAGAUAACUGAAAUUGAGGAGGAUGUCAUUGGUAAUAAUGUGAUUGACAACAUGGAUAAAUUGAGAAAAAAUAAAAACGAAAACCCAUUAGCUUCUGCAGUGCAAUUGAUAGGAGAUGGUGUUUAUCAAGUUCAGUCAAUUGGAAAUCAGGCAGUUAACAAUCUUGUGAACUUCUUGAAUAUCGCGCCCGAGGAUUCAGAUUCGAACGAGUCAUCUAAUUUGGAAGACGGGCUUUCGUCUGAGCAAAGAAGCUCGGAUAUAAAACCAAUACAUUUGAGUAGUUCGGCUUCUUUGAUAUCCGACAGGAGUCGAACUUCAGAGUCUGCUAGUCUGCAAAUUGGACGAAUCAUACGUUAUAUAUGGUCUCAAAUGCGUUCAAACAAUGAUGUGGUGUGUUAUUGUUGUUUUGUCCUUGUUUUCCUUUGGAAUUUCAGUUUGCUUUCGAUGGUAUACCUGGCAGCUCUUUUUCUGUAUGCUCUCUGUGUGAAUACUGGGCCAAAUUACAUCUUCUGGGUUACGAUGCUGAUCUAUACAGAAUUUUAUAUCUUGAUUCAGUAUUUAUACCAAAUAAUGAUUCAGCACUGUGGAUUUAGCAUCCAAUGGAGCCUUCUACGUGAAAUGGGGUUUCCAACAAAGAAGAUAACAUCGUCCUUUGUUGUGAGCUUGCUGCCUCUUUUUUUGGUUUAUUUAUUUACCUUAAUACAGAGCUCUAUAACCGCAAAAGACAGCGAAUGGUUUUCGGUUGGGUUUAGCAAUGGCAAAGGGGGGUUUUCAAAUCGGGACGAUUUUUGCACGGGCUCUAGCUGGAGUGAGAAAGUAAAAAAAGCUUUCGAAAUAAUAAAACGAGUGGUUCGAAUAGUGGUCAGUGGUUGCACUCGGUAUUGGAAAUCACUUACGCAAGAAGCAGAAUCUCCUCCUUACUUUGUUCAAUUGUCGAUGGAUGUGAAAUCUUGGCCAGAGGACGGGAUUCAGCCAGAGAGGAUCGAAUCGGGUAUAAAUCAGCUAUUGCAGCACGUCCACGAAGAGAACUGCAAAAGUGAACUGCCUUUCAGCUGUCCUUGUCCCAGCAAAGUUCAGAUACGGAGUAUUGAGAAAAGUUCUGAAAAUCCAAAUAUUGCCUCAGCUGUUUUUGAGGUGGUUUAUGUCUCUUCAUUGACGGACUGUGUACCUUCCGAACAAUUCAAGUCGCUUACCCCAGCAGCUGAUGUCACGAAGGAGAUACUUAAAGCACAAUCCAUGGGGAUUGCUGAUGAAGUUGGGUUUCCUUAUUAUAUAAAUUCAGUGAUUGGAGGUGGCAAAAGAGAAAUUGAUCUCUAUGCAUAUGUAUUUGGAGCUGAUUUGUCGGUUUUCUUUCUGGUUGCUAUGUUCUACCAAUCUGUCAUAAAAAAUAAAAGCGAGUUUCUGGAGUACUAUCAGCUUGAGGAUCAAUUUCCAAAAGAGUAUGUGUUUAUUCUAAUGGCAAUCUUCUUCUUGAUUGUCGUCGAUCGCGUCAUAUACCUAUGUUCCUUCGCCACAGGAAAGGUCAUCUUUUACAUUUUCAACCUUGUCCUGUUCACUUAUGCUGUCACCGAGUAUGCUUGGAAUAUGGAUACAUCGCAGCGUAACACUGCUGGGUUGGCUCUUCGGGCAAUAUAUCUCACGAAAGCAAUAUCUCUGGCUUUACAAGCCAUGCAAAUUCGAUAUGGCGUUCCUCAUCAAAGCACUUUGUAUCGGCAGUUUCUAACCAGUGAAGUCUCUCUUGUUAAUUAUCUAGGCUACAGGCUCUAUCGUGCUUUGCCUUUUCUGUAUGAAUUGCGCUGUGUGCUUGACUGGUCGUGCACAACCACUUCUUUGACUAUGUACGACUGGCUGAAGUUGGAGGACAUAAAUGCAAGUUUGUAUCUCGUCAAAUGUGAUAAUGUUCUGAAUAGAGCUGCCCAUAAACAAGGAGAGAAGCAAACCAAGAUGACCAAGUUUUGUAAUGGCAUAUGUCUGUUCUUUAUUCUGAUCUGCGUUAUUUGGGCUCCGAUGCUGAUGUACAGUAGUGGUAAUCCCACAAACAUAGCAAAUCCAAUUAAAGAUGCCAGUUUUCAGUUUGACAUCAAGACAGAUGGCGGCAAGUUGACCUUGUACCAGACCACUCUUUGUAAAAGAAUCCCGUGGGAUGAUAUUAGUGCAAAUGACGAUCUUGACCCUCAGCACUAUUUGGACUCGUAUAACAUAAAUGACAUUCAGCUCAUUUGUUGCCUGCCUGAUGCGAGUACUCUGUGGCUUGUCCCUAGUGUGGUUCAAGAGCAGUUUAUGAGGUCACUUAACAGUAGCAUGGAUAUUAAGUUCUCUUGGGUUCUUACAAGGGACCGACCAAAAGGCAAAGAGAUGGUGAAAUAUGAAAGCAGUGUGGGCCCAUCUAAUCUCCCUAAAUCGUCUGAAAUUCAAGGAGUUCUCAACGGUACAUACAGCAGCUUUAGGAUAUAUAAUAUUUACCCGAGGUUUUUUCGAGUUACUGGGUCGGGUGAAGUUAGACCUUUUGAGCAGGAGGUAAAUGAUGUGAGUGCAGAUCUCGUUUUCCACCGUGGGAUUUCUGAAUGGUGGUCUUUUCAUGAUAUUAAUUCUCUGGGUGCAUAUGGCUGUGGAGCAUUGUCUGGACCUAUGGCUGUCAUUGUAUCAGAGGAAACCCCACAAGGAUUUCUUGGUGAGACUCUCAGCAAGUUCAGUAUUUGGGGUCUCUACAUCACAUUUGUACUUGCAGUCGGCCGGUUCAUUAGAAUGCAAUGUUCCGACUUACGGAUGAGAAUACCAUACGAAAAUCUUCCUUCUUGUGACAGGUUGAUAGCAAUCUGUGAGGAUAUUUAUGCUGCAAGAGCUGAAGGUGAACUCGGUGUCGAAGAGGUUCUUUAUUGGACGCUCGUGAAGAUUUACCGAUCUCCACAUAUGUUGCUCGAGUACACAAAACCCGAAUAG